AUGGUAAUGGAUAGCUCAAAAAACACUCAAGUGUCUUGGGUUUACGACUGGGGUGUUACUGCGCCCAGUUACCUCGCCGACUCUGGCAUUACGUACAUCCCCAUGCAAUGGGGCGCAAGUGGUGUCGAGACUUUCGCAUCUGCCGUCACUGCACAAGGGGCUAAGACCAUCCUAGGGUUCAACGAACCAGAUAUGGCAUCCCAAUCCAACAUCGAGCCUGCAACUGCUGCUUCUUUGUGGAUGGAAUACAUCCAGCCUUUGAAAGCGCAAGGUGUCACUCUUGGUGGACCUGCUGUCACCAACGGCCCUACCGGAACACCGUGGCUUGCUCAGUUCCUAGGAAACUGCACUAGCUGUGACAUCGACUUUAUGCCACUUCACUGGUACGGUGAAGGUGUCGGAAAUUUCUAUAACUACAUCUGGUCCUUCCACGGUGAAUUCAGUGCCUACCCCCUUUGGGUGACCGAGUUCGCGUCCACCUCGCCAGAUACUCCUGAUGUAGAGUCGUUCUUGAAUGCCUCCAUUGCUUAUUUGGACUCGCUCGACUGGAUAAAGGGCUACGCUUGGUUUGCAUUCUACGUGAGUCGUAUAGUGAAAUUGUUUCCAAACGUGAACUAA